AUGGCGUCCACGGCGGCGAGGCGGCUGCGGGAGCUGCAAGCGCAGACGGGGAACAAGACCUGCGUGGACUGCGCGCAGCGGAACCCGCAGUGGGCGAGCGUCUCCUACGGGGUGUUCAUGUGCCUCGAGUGCUCGGGCAAGCACCGGGGCCUCGGCGUGCACAUCAGCUUCGUGCGCUCGGUCACCAUGGACUCCUGGACCGAGGCGCAGCUCCGCAAGAUGGAGGCCGGCGGCAACGACCGCCUCAACGCCUUCCUCACAGCGCGCGGCGUCCCCAAGGAGACGCCCCACGUCGCCAAGUACAACUCCAACGCCGCCGCCGCCUACCGCGACCGCAUCGCCGCGCUCGCUGAGGGCAAGCCGUGGACCGACCCGCCCGUAGUCAAGGAGACGCCCGGAUCUGGCGCGCCCGCCCCUGCUAGAAAGCCGCCCGUGCACACCUCCGACGCCUCCGGAGGCGGCGGCGGCGGAGGCGGGUGGGACGACUGGGACGACGAUUUUCGGCCGGACAUGAGGCGGAAUCAGUCGGUUGGAUCAUUCGCCGCCGCGGGGGCGCAGUCAGGGAAGCAGCCGCCGAGGUCCAAAUCAACGCAGGACAUGUACACGAGGCAGCAGCUGGAGGCGUCGGCGGCUAAUAAGGAGGACUUCUUCGCCAGGAGGAUGGCGGAGAACGAGUCCAAGCCUGAGGGGAUCCCGCCAUCCCAGGGCGGCAAGUACGUUGGGUUCGGAUCCAGCCCAGCGCCGUCGGCUAACAGGAAUGGCGGUGCUGCCCAGGGCGAUGUCUUGCAGGUCGUCUCUCAGGGAUUUGGACGCCUUUCAUUAGUUGCAGCAUCUGCUGCCCAGUCUGCUGCCAGUGUUGUCCAAGUCGGCACAAAAGAAAUCCAAUCAAAGAUGAGGGAUGGGGGCUAUGACCAGAAGGUGAACGAAACUGUCAGUGUUGUUGCCAAUAAAACUGCAGAGAUUGGGAGCAGGACCUGGGGGAUCAUGAGAGGAGUUAUGGCGUUGGCCUCACAAAAGGUUGAGGAAUAUGCCAAGGAGGGAGGAAUGAGCGGCUGGGGAGAGGAUUGGCAACGCAGCGAGCAGAACAGUGAUCCUUACCAAAGGUUUGAGCACGAGACCAAUGGCAAUAGUUGGAAUUCCUCCCAAAAUUCUUCAUCAAAGAACAACAAUUCCAGUUCUUGGGACGAUUGGGACGACCAAGGCAAGAAGGAUGAGCCUGCGAAACCGCACCAGAGCAGUGACUCCUGGGCUGGCUGGGAUGAUGGGAAGGAUGAUGGUUUUGAUAGUCCUAGUUACAACAAUCACAGCACCUCCAACAAGGGGAGCAACCAGAACGGGACAUCCGGUGGCACAUUUUGGACGGAAGGUGGCUUCCGCUGA